AUGGCCAUGACCAUGCGCGAGAUUGUGCUUUGCGCAGCACUUAUUUUUGUCAUUGGCGUAUCCGUCCUAAACCAAACACUCAAUUCAACAUCCUCCUUCUCAACCCAGAUCCUCCAAAAUGGCCAGUCCUCCUCCAUCCUCAACCUCCACAAAAAAGAGAAACAACACGACCAAGACCAAAUACUACGACUCAACAACCUUCAAGUCAUUGGCACCCACAACAGCUACCACCGCGAAGUCUCCCUACCGGAAAGAGUCCAUUUCCCAACCUUAAUGGCGAACGUCGACCCCCAUUAUGAAGGAUACUAUUACUCGCAUGCCUCUGUGCACGAUCAACUCGAGUACCAACGAGUCCGCAGCUUCGAGUUUGAUGUCUACGUCGACACGCACGGCGGCCUUUUCGCGGAUCCGCUCAUCCGUCGAUUAGCAAAUAUGUCUCAAUCAGACAAAGCGCAUUACGGAUUACCGGACGAUGUGAUGCGAAAGCCAGGUACAAAAGUACUACACAUUGCCGAUGCAGAUGUCGGAUCUAUAUGCCAUACCCUUGUUGAAUGUCUGAUACAGGUGAAAGCAUGGUCCGACUCAAAGAACGGGCAGCAUAUCCCGAUACCUAUAUUGAUUGAAUUCAAAAAGACGGAACCCGGUCUUGAGAAACAGGGCGGCGUUGUUGCGGAGGACUGGACGGUUGAAGCUCUCGAUAGAGUUGACGCUGAGAUCCGCUCGGUGUUUAGCGACGAUCAACUCAUCACGCCGGACGAUAUACGCAAACAGGCAAUAGACAACGGCGUCGGGAGUCGCAUCAACAACAGUGAAAAUAAAAACAUUACACUCGAAGAAGCAAUCCUUGCGUAUGAGCACGGCGGUGGCUGGCCCACCCUCUCAUCUUCGCGCGGUAAAUUCUUCUUCGUCAUGGACAACGAACCAMCCCAUCCCAUACAAAYCCGCGAUCCAUACCGCAGCAACAACAGACUCAACCUUGAGGGGCGUGUAAUAUUCACAAACUCUCUUCCCGGCGAACCCGACGCUGCAUUCAUAAAACGGAACGAUCCGAUCACGGACAACAAUCAGCAUGAAAUUCAGGAUUUGGUUUCGAGGGGGUAUUUCAUUCGUACCCGCGCAGAUGAGCCGAUUCAGAUGCUUCUCAAGGAUGAGGUGCCCGCUAUGCGCGACGCGGCGUUGGCCAGUGGUGCACAGAUUGUUAGCUCGGACUGGGUCGGGGCUGGAGUGAGUGCACGAUACAAUAGCGAUUAUUUCGUGGCAUUGCCGCAGGGAAGGUCUGCGAGAUGCAAUCCGGUCAAUGCGCCGGGGGGUUGCGAGGAUGAAUAUUUGGAGUUGCUGGUAUAG